AUUUUGCAAUUCCAAUGAAUUCAUUAGAAUCAUUCCAUAAUCUUCAGAGAGAUUUUUUUUACAAACAAGUAUCAUAUUUUGCUUUCAUGUUGCUAACAAGAAGAGAAAUUCAAAUAAUUAUAUAUAUUAGUAUUAUCCUUUUUCGGUUUUCAUCUCUCUUAUGAAUCAGUUUGAAACUACAUCAUUGAAGAAUGGAAGAUCAACCAUGUCAUAACUCUCAUGUAUCAGCACCUUCUUCUUCUUCUUUAACUGCUGCCCCUCCUGAGAAUCCAUCUUCCUCCUCUUCUCCUUCUACUUCACAGUUGCAAGCAGAUGAAGCUAACCAAGCAGGUGCAAAUGAGAACAACCAACACAACCAUCAGCACCAGCAACAACCGGCUAGCAGGUCUUAUUGGGUCAACAUUUCAAUCACAAAUCCGUCGAGGACUGCCAUGAAGGAUGAUGUCUGGUACUGCAUGGUUGUGCUAGCGACAUUUUGGAUCAUUGCAUCCGUUACUCUUGCACUUGGUAUCUGCGGAUCUGUAAGUUUACAAUUGGGACCCUACUGCUCACGUUUGAUAGAUAUCAACUCAGUAUUAGUUCAGUCUGUCAAGGUGGAACAAAUUGAUAAGCCAAAACCUGGUCUACUGCUAUAUGGAUUUGAUAAACCCCCUCCACUAGAUGUCAAAAUCAAUUGGACUGAGAUGUAUAAUGCAUCAAUACCAGCAAAAUUUCAAAAGGAAUGGAUAUUCUACCUGAACAAGGACUCCCAAUUGGAUGUUCUUUACAGUGUUAAGUCCCCAGCAGCUUUAUUUCUCGUGAUUUCUAAAGGUAGAGAAGACCUUGUUGAAUGGAUAGAGAACCCAUCAAUCCCUAAUGCAACAUUUUACUGGAAUACUAUCUAUGGAAGCGGCAGGAUCACAAAAAAAAUGUCACAUUCACAUAAUUAUUAUGUGGCAGUUUGCAAUAUGAACCCUGAAAAUGUGGAGGUAGAAUUGAACUUCACUGUAAAUGCACUUCUCUACAAUACAACCAACACAUACCACAGAUGUUCCCUGGAUAACGGCUUAUGCAGAUUAAACCUUUUUCUUUCGGAGUCAAGCACUGCAGUAUUAACAACUCCAGGUCCUAGAGAGGGUGUUUCCAAUUCAAAUGAAGAAGAAUGGUUUGAUGUGAAAGUGUCUUAUGAACCAAGAUGGAUCAUAUUUUUCACAGUAUCAGGUGUGAUAGCUGUGCUACUGUUGUUUGCUAUGAGAUUCUGCAAAAUGUUACAAACUAAUAGGGAAGAAAAUGGAGGAUUACAACAAGUGGAAGUGGUUUCAGAACGAACUCCACUGCUAAAUAGUAAAGAUGAUGAUCUUUCAAGCUGGGGUUCAUCUUAUGAAUCUUUCUCUAAUGAAGAAGAGGAUCUCAAAGUAAGGCUUGCAUUGAAUGCUGAUGAAGGAAAGCCAGUAAUGGAAGGGGAAACUAGCAAUAGUCUCCAGCAUUUGUGUGUUAUUUGCUUUGAUGCUCCUAAGGAUUGCUUCUUUCUCCCUUGUGGACAUUGUGCAGCAUGCUUUGCAUGUGGAACAAGAAUUGCUGCAGAAGCUAGCACUUGUCCAAUAUGCAGAAGGAAUAUGAAGAAAGUAAGGAAAAUUUUUACAGUGUAAUUUAGAUGUGUCAUGAGUGUAUAUCACCCAAAUCAAACAGGAUUAAGUGAGUUUCCUUUCUUACCCUCCCUUUUAUAUAGAACAAUAAAAGUUGACAUAUGGAAAUAUAUCUGUGUAUGUAAGGGAAAAUAGGUAAGGUAGGAUUGAUUCACACUCUAGUUAUUGUUCUAUAUAAGCUUAUUAAUUAUAAUAUAUAGGAGUUCAUUUUUCCUUAAUUAAAUUACCUCUGAA